UUUGUUUGUUGUGGCCUGAAUACUUUUGCCACCAUUUUUUUACUGCCCUUCUCCACUUCCCUUCAUCCCUACUUCCCUCUCAAUUUCAGCAGCCCGCCGCACUUUCACAGCAAAAGUACUAACAUCGUGUACGCGCCAGGCACGAUGGGGCGUCUACAUCGCAUAGAACUCGAGAAUUUCAAGUCUUACAAGGGCCAUCAAAUCAUCGAACUCUUUAAUGACUUCACUUGUGUUAUAGGUCCCAAUGGUGCAGGCAAAUCCAAUUUAAUGGAUGCUAUAUCGUUUGUUCUUGGAGUCAAAUCGGCUCAACUGCGCUCCAGCCAGCUUCGGGAGCUUAUCUAUCGCGACCGUGUCGAUGAAAGUGACGAAAGCAAUAGAGGUAGGAUUAACGGGUCGUCUCGGCAGCAGCCCGGCAAUGACUCCGAUCCCAGGAAGGCCUGGGUUAUGGCUGUAUAUCAAAACGACGGCGGUACCGAAACACGGUUUACCAGGAGUGUCAAUAUGGCUGGAAUCAGCGAAUAUAAAAUAAACGGAAAGGUCAUGCUCUAUGCAGACUAUGAUAAGGCGCUACAAGAGAUCAAUAUUCUUGUCAAAGCAAGGAACUUCUUGGUGUUCCAGGGCGAUAUCGAGGCAAUUGCGUCGCAGUCUCCAAAGGAUCUUACCAAACUCAUUGAGCAGAUCAGCGGCUCUUUGGAGCUCAAGCAGGAAUACGACCGACUUCAACAGGAGCAGGAGCGCGCUGUCGAAAAUUCCACAUUUAACUUUCACAGGAAGAAGGGAAUUAAUGCAGAGAUCAAACAAUAUCAGGAGCAAUUGGCCGAAGCUGAACGUUUCGAGACACUACAGGCAGAAAAGACAAACUUGUUGGUGACCUACCUUGUCUGGAAGCUGUUUCACAUUGAGCGCAAUAUCACUGAAGCUGAAAAUGUUAUUGCUACAAAAGACACAACCCUCAAGUCCGUACAAAAAGAGCUGGAUGAACUAGAGGAGUCAUUGAAGAACGCCAAGAAGGAACAGGCAGUCGCUCAGCGGGAAGCAUAUCGCAAGGAAAGGUCUAUCGGUAAGCGCGAAAAAGCGCUUAGUGACUUGCAUCCAGAGAGCCUAGGUCUGGACGAAAAGGUAGUCCAUGUCACCAAGAAGAUGAAGUCGAUCAAGGCCAACCGGGCAACAGUCAAGGAGACGUAUGCGGCCCAAGAGGGGAGCGUUGCGCAACAGGAGGCGGAACUGGCUCAGCUGGAGAAGGCCGCUACAAAAUUUGAGCUGGAGGCUAAGGCUCAGGAAAAGGUACGGGGAGUGACGCUUGGCAACGAUGACCUUGCCCUGUACAGCUCUAAGAAGGAGGAAGUUGCACUGCAAACGGUGGCACAGACACAGCAACUGGGCCAGAUGAAGAGAAAUAUUAAGACGACACGCGAAGAAAACAGCCGUUUAAAGGAGUCCAUGACAGAACUGGAGACAAAGAGGAGUAGGCUGGCUGAGCAGGAGGCGAGCUUUUUGGAUCAUCAGCGCAAGGUUGAGUCCCAUAUUGCGAAAGUCUUACAGGAUCAAGCCAAAGUGCAACAGGACUUGUCAAACCUUAAUAAUGAACGACUCAGGAUCGAGAAGACAGAGCUGGAAUUGAACGAAAAACUGACCAGCACGCUCAAUCAACUCAUGGAGGCAAAGCUGGACCAGCGUGAAUCUGAGAAGGAGCAGAGACUCAAAGAAAUAUUGGCAAUGCUCAAGCGUAUCUUCCCUGGUGUCCACGGUCGGGUGACAGACCUCUGCAAGCCUACUCAACGAAAGUACGACGCUGCGAUAUCAGUCAUUCUAGGACGCCACAUGGAUGCCAUUGUUGUUGAUCGUGAGCGAACAGCUAUUGAGUGCAUCCAGCUCUUGCGUGAGCAGCGGUCGGGACAUGCCACGUUCCUCCCUCUGGACACGCUCAUUAUCAAGCCUUUGAACGAUCGCCUGCGAACGUUGGCCAAAGGCUCACGUCUCGCCGUUGACGUUGUGCAAUACGACGAAGUGGUUGAGCGUGCGAUCCAUUAUGUGUGCGGAAAUGCUCUGGUGUGCGACACGAUGGAGGUUGCAAAGCACGUUUGUUACGAUCUCGGUCAGCAAGUCAAGGCUGUUGCACUUGAUGGUACCAUUUUCCACAAAAGUGGCUUGAUCACCGGAGGCCAAAGUGGGGCCGGCUCGAUAACUCGUCGUUGGGAGGAGAAGGUUGUGGAGGAGCUGAAGAAACGGAGGGAUGCCAUGUUGACUCAACUAAAUGAAUUAUCCAAGACUAAGAAGAGAGGCGUGCCCGAGGAAGCACUCAAGAGUGAAUUGGCCGGUAUUGAGAGCAAGCUGCUUUUCUCACGCGAGGAUUUGAGUGCGACCAAGAGAAAACUCAAUGGUGUUCGUGAGGAGAUUAAGCUGACCGACGUAGAGCUUGCGGAAAGGCGACCCAAGGCAGAACAGUCGUCAAGUCAGCUUGCGCGGGAAGAACAGGAGAUAGCGAUGAUCGAGUCAAUUGUUCAUCGGAUCGAGGACGAGAUCUUUACCUCACUCUGUCGCAAAGUAGGGAUGGCCAGCAUUCGAGAGUAUGAGGAGCUGACGUUAAGGCGCUCACAGGAGCUAUCGGAGAGGAGGGCAAAGUUCGAAAUAAUUUUGUCAAAGUUGCGCAACCAGCUCUUGUUCGAGACGGCACAGCGCAAUGAAACAAAGGAGCGACUCUCGCGACUGGAAAACAUGCUGGCGUCAGAAAUGGCAGCCUUAGACGGAUAUGAGAGACAACGGGAUGAAAUCCAGUCGAAGCAGGCUGACAUCCAGCAGGAGAUCGAUAUACUGGGACAGGAACUGGGCGAGGCCAGGUCAGUAUUCCAGAAGCAUACGGACCAGGUCAAUGCUGGGAAGAGACAGGUCGCGCGUGUUAUCAGACAGGUGGACGCAUUGGUGAAGGAGAUCAGCUCCAAGGAAUCGUUGGUAGAGAAGUUAGACUCUGAGCGAUCGUCGAUCUUUAGACGAUGCAAGCUUGAACAGAUUGAGUUGCCAAUGGAAAAGGGAUCUCUGGACGAUGUGCCUUUGGAUGAUAUGGAAGGCUACCGACAACCAUCUUCGAAUGACACGGACAUGGAUAUUGACACGGAGGGAGGCGUAUCCACUCGGUCAUCACAGGGUCGUCGUAGCCAGGAUUGGAAGAUCACAGUUGAUUUCUCAGAAUUGGAUGAAGAUCAAAAGCAAGCAUUGCCCAGCUCCAGCAUGUCAUUGUCGUCUGGUGCAGGCCAUGGAACCGGCACGGUUGGUCUCGAUAUCCAUCGACUGUCAUUGGCCAGCUCUCAGUCAGAGUCUCAACCUUCGAGCGGUGGCACUGGGUCAUCAUCGACGGGAGAGCAAGCUGAGGUGGGCACGAUGGAGCAGAUGGAGAAUGAAUUUUUGGAUCGAUUACGACAGCUUUCGGAUGAAAUUGAUCGGUUGGCGCCGAAUAUGAAGGCGAUUGAGCGACUGGAUGGAGUGGAGGCGCGACUAAAGCAGACGGACAAGGAAUUCAAUGCAGCCCGCAGGAGUGCUAAGACGAUCAAGGAAGCAUUUGGGGUGGUCAAGCAGGAGCGCUAUAGCCGAUUCAAUCGUGCAUUUCAACAUAUUUCUGAGAAAAUUGACGAGAUUUACAAGUCAUUGACGCGAUCGACAGCAUUUCCAAUGGGAGGCACGGCAUAUCUUUCGCUUGAGGGUACUGAGGAGCCGUAUCUUGAUGGAAUCCGGUACCAUGCGAUGCCGCCGAUGAAGAGGUUCCGGGACAUGGACCAGUUGUCUGGAGGCGAGAAGACAAUGGCGGCACUGGCACUGCUGUUUGCGAUCCAUUCUUUCCGGCCAUCACCAUUCUUUGUGCUGGACGAGGUGGAUGCAGCUCUUGAUAACAUGAACGUGGCUCGAAUUGGACACUAUCUGCAGGAGCAUGCAUCGGAGAAUCUGCAGUUCAUUGUGAUUUCGUUGAAGAGCUCGCUGUAUGAGCGAGGACAGGGGCUUGUUGGUAUCUAUCGCGACCAAGGACUGAAUAGUAGCAAGACGCUCACACUUGCGCUCGAUCAAUUCGAGAAGUAAUGCUUUGAGCCAGAAAUAAAGUAGUCUGUUUGCAGCACUUUCAUUGUCGACACCAUUGAUAG